AUGCCUCAUCAUUAUAUUAAGGUUAAAUCAUCUUCGUGUGUUAAUGAUGAAAAUGGAAAUGAAAAUUUAAAGUUAAAGGAACUUCAGUCAUCAAUAUAUAACAUUGAAGUGGAUGAUGUACUAUCCAAAUUUUCAAAACACAUAAUAUUACUUCCACAAUCGGAUCAUGUACGUGUCUUGCAAACAGUUAUAAGGAAUAAAGAUACUCCAAGGAACGAAUUCUUAUUCAAUGCAGAUUGUCUAAUACGUUUAGUAGUUGAAGAAGGCUUAAAUCAACUUCCCUAUGAAAACGUGUGCGUCACGACCCCCACAGGACAUUCAUAUCAAGGUAUAAGUUUUCUUCGUGGAAAUUGUGGAGUAUCUGUUAUGCGAUCUGGUGAAGCAAUGGAACGUGGCCUAAGAGAUUGUUGUAGAUCUAUGCGUAUCGGAAAGAUAUUGAUACAAAAAGCCAAAGAAAACGAUGUUGAUGCUAAAGUAUAUUAUGCUAAAUUUCCACCGAAUAUUGAAAAUAGAAAGGUUCUAUUAAUGUAUCCUAUUUUAGGUACUGGAAUAACUGUUUUGAAAGCUCUGGAUGUUUUAAGAACUUAUAAUGUUCCUAUAGAAAAUGUAAUAUUGCUUACUUUAUUUGUAUCACCACAAAGUCUUAUCAAUGUUCUAACACGUAAUCCAGCAUUAAGAAUUGUUACAUCAGAAAUCCAUCCAGUUGUACCAAGUCAUUUUGGUCAACGUUAUUUUGGUACAUUUUAA